CAAGGUUUUGCGACUUGCCGUAAAUGAGUGAAAACCGGAGCAGGGACAAACAGGAUGGUUUUCGAGAAGAAGGGUUCUGUGCGUGUGGCAGAGGCAGGCCAGAGGCGGGUCCUUGAUGACGCCACCAGACUGCGGCGUCUGUCCCGCCAGCUGGAGGCGCUGGAGAAGGACAACUUCCAGGAUGACCCUCUGACAUCACUUCCUCCCGCAGGCCCUGCCGCACGCCUUCCCUCUUUCGGAGAGGGGGAGGAGCCUGGUAAGAAGAGGAGGAAGACGAGAGGAGAUCACUUCAAACAACGUUUCAGGAAGAACUUCCAGACUCUGCUGGAGGAGGAGAACCAGAGCGAGAGGGAAGAGCCUAACUAUGUGUCAGCCUCAGCUCCGCCCCCCUCCCUCCCCCCCCGCUGUUUCUGCUCCGUGUGUGGCUUCCCCUCCCACUACACCUGCUGCUCCUGCGGGGGGCGCUACUGCAGCACACGCUGCCUCCACACACAUAGAGAGACCAGGUGUCUGAAGUGGACCCUGUAGAAGCACAAUCAGACUGGUCAUCAUGGUCACCAGUUAUGGUUCUAUGGAGAAUUCUACAGGAUGGAGGAGAGAGAGAGAAGUUGGACAUUGUCACAAUUUGAGUUCUUUGUAAAUAAAACAGUUUCUAUAAUA